AUUUUAGUAAUGUUAUAGUUUACAGUUAGUAAUGUUAUCAGAUCAUUUUGAUUGCAUAAGAUCCAACCCAUCAGCAUUCAUCUACGCCGCUUCUGCGCUACUCAUCAUUUAGGGCAGCAUCAUUCCCGGACAGCGCUUACUUUAUCUAAAUAAAGGCUGAUAAUGAAAAUUGGCCUGGUGUACGGUGUGCUGCUGUACGUGUGUUUGGCGGAAAUCUUCACCACCGCCCAGAUCCAAGGCGACGACGGAUGGAAUACGAUGAUGGAUAGUGUGAUGGAUAACAACAUUGUGAUGCCUAUCGGAGAUGGCCAGAGCUCAGGCAAUAACAACGGCGAUGUAUUCUCAGACAUUUUAUCACGGUCAGUAAUUGGGCGAAAAAAGAAGCGGCGGAAACGAAGAAAAAACCGCUACCGCAGUUACGGGGUCCGCCACACAGGGGAGUCCGCGGUCAAGUUAAUACUUUUUGUUCUGUGGUUUCUGUACUACUCUUAGCAAAUCAAUGGAGCAUAAAGACAAAUUUUGUUACAUUUUGCAAAACAGGAAAGGAAAAAAGGCUUAAUUCAAAAGUUAAAUACAUUUUAAUAGAGGUCAAGUAUUGUUGUGGUCAGAGAUUUGAUAUGUCUGGUGAGUGUAGAGAAUUGCAAGCAAGAAUAAAAGAAAUCAAUGCAGA